UCUGCGGCACCUGUUGCCACACCUGCCCCCGCGCACUCGGCGGCGAUGGCAUCGGACGGACUGUGGACGGAGAUGGUGCAUGAGGGCGGUACAGGCGGACGUCGUCGGCAGGGGCAGCGGGAGUUUGUAGCGACCCCUGCAGUUCCGAGGUCGCGGGCGAAGCGAGAUGGGCCGGGGCUGGGGACAUUUGCUCUUCUAGCCACGGAGGACGAGAUCAACCGGUCUAUCGCCGAGCUUCCUGCACCGGGUGUCGCUGAGCCAGCCCUGCCGACGGGGCUGGUGUGCGACCUGGAGACGCCUGAGACAUACGGGGAGGCGCACGCGGGGCCCCACCACCACAUCUGGACCAACGCCGAACGCAAGGAGUUUUUCGGGCUGAAUGCAGUGGGCACCUUCGAGGAGGGAGACGAGUUUGGGUAUGCUGUGCGUGCUAAGGCUAGGUUGGUAGCCCGUGGGUUUGCGCAGCGUGAGGGUGUUGACUUCUUUGAGACUUUCUCCCCGUAUCCUUCCAUCACGAGCAUUCGAUUGCUAGCCGCCAUCGCCUGUGUGUUAGAUUGGGACUUGUGCCAUUUCGAUGCCGAGCAAGCCUUUGUCCAAUCAGAACUGGAUGAGGUUGUGUUCAUUCGUCUUCCCCCUGGGUGCGGUGCGCUUUCCGGUAAGGUCGUGCGGUUGAGACGGAGCCUAUACGGUCUGAAGCAGGCGUCCCGCACAUGGCAUCAUCACUUGAUGCGUGGCAUGAAGAGUCUUGGUUUCGAGCCUUGUGCCGCCGAUGCGUGUGUGAUGCGUCUGAUCGAGAGCGGUGUAGUCACCAUGGUGGUUGUGAUCCACGUAGACGACAUCUUCUCUAUCGGGCUCAAGAGCAGGUGCGAUCAGUUUGGUGUUGACCUCAACCGGUAUGUGCCCAUUUCCAACCUUGGGGAACUGCGCUGGUAUGCGGGUUGCCGGUUUUCUCGUGACACGGUGUUGGGGACGGUGACUAUUUCGCAACAGGCUGUAGCGGAGAAGAUCGUUGCCAAGUUCGGUGUGACGACGGACAAAGAGACACCUAUGGUCGUUGGGUUGAAGCUUGAGCAGUACGACGCCGACGAGCCCGAUGUCGACGAGCCUUUCCGGUCGCUAGUGGGACACUUGAUGUGGCUGGCGAAUCAGACUCGCCCGGAUAUUCUCAACGCGGUGCGUGCCGUUGCGAGGUAUUCGCACGCGCCGAAGCGACUGCACUGGGAGGCGGCUUUGCAUGUUUUGAUGUAUGUUAGAUUCACGAGCGGGUACGGGAUUACUUUUCAGAGGGGCACGGUGGGAGGAGACCACAUGGAACUUUUUGUCGAUUCGGACUUCGCCAACAAGGCAACCGACCGGCGGUCUGUUUCUGGGGCACUAGUGAUGUUCGCUGGUGCGUGUGUGAUGUAUCUGUGUAGGACGCAGAAGAGCGUCACCCUGUCUUCGACGGAAGCGGAGUACGUGGCGAUGUCUGAUGGGAUGAAGGAGGCUAUUUUUCUGCGGUAUCUGUGGAAGUUUAUCUUUCCGGGCCGUGAUGUGGGGUGCACGCCGGUGUGGGAGGACAACGUAGGCGCUAUUCACUUGGCAAGUAACCCGGCUACUACUCCCAACUCGAAGCACAUCGACAUCCGCCACCAUUUCAUCCGUGAGCGUGUAGCACGGGGGGAGUUCAAGGUAGUCCACGUACGGUCGGACCUGCAACGCGCGGAUUUCUUGACCAAACCGCUCCCCAAGGAGACUUUUUGCGCGCAUCGUGACUUCGUGAUGAAUAUUCGUUGAUUUUGUUCUUGGUGUUGCACUAUUUCAGCGAUGGGGCCUUUCUUGCACCAUGUGUUUUAUUUGUGACCUGGUACUGGCCUUUGAUCUGCUGCUCGAUGUUGAUUUCUGCUUUCGCGAUGGAUGGGAUAGUUCUGCGUGAGAAUCAUGGGG